AUAUUUAGCCUAUUGAUGCAAGCCGCAUUCCAUGCACAACAGACACACAGACAUACUGGCAGUGUGGCUUUAGUGUCCGCGAGUGUGAAGCUCAGCGAAGAUCAAACCGGCGAGUGCAGGCUGACCUCUGAAGCCUGGCCCGCUUUUUCUCCCUCAAGGAUUCACUUCGCACUCCCGGGACACCAUCGCAGUAUUGCCUCACCGCACUCAGCAACAACCUUGCCAGCCCCCACAAUGUCACAAUUCUGUACAAUGCCAACCGGAGAGAAGAAAAAGCAUGCGGCUGCUAUUUGUCGAGAGGUCCACAGUACAAACGGUGACGUGAUGGAUCUUGGAAAGAAGCACAGCACCCCCAAAGACAUCAUGCUGGAGGAGCUGUCGCUGCUGUCCAACAGAGGCUCUCGCCUGUUCAAGAUGCGUCAGAGACGCUCGGAAAAGUACACCUUUGAAAGCAUACAAAACGAGGCCAACGCGCAGCUUAACAAAGAUAUUCUGGCCCAGAGUGCACACAUGAUUGAAAUAAAAGUGGAUGCGCCAGCCAAUGAGGAUACUCCUCUUACUGAGGAAACCGUGCCAGAUACAAACGCAGAGAAGUUAAAUGCCACCCUGAUGCCCAAACCUUACCACUCACCCUGGGAGGAGGCCAUUAGCAACGAUCCAGGCCUCGCUGAAACUUUCAAACUGACCAUGCCUGAAAUGGACCCUCGACCAGAAGUUCCAGAAUACAAAAGCUUUAACCGGGUCGCGACCCCUUACGGCGGCUUUGACAAAGCGCCGCGUGGAAUCACAUUUAAACUUCCAGAGUUGGAUCUGAACCCUCCGAAGUAUCCGGAGCUCCAAGAGCCAGGAAUGAAGAGACCCACUUUCAAUAGAAGCGCCCAGGGAUGGAUAUCUGAGGGCACUCAUCUCAUCCUGCCCACAAUCACCCUGGAGUCCAUUCUGGUCCCCGAGUCGGAAGACCUGUAAGAAGGUCUCGGGUCACACGGCUGCCAUUUUGGGUUCUCCCCACACAACGGACGACGGAAUGUCUAUCGCUCAGAUGAUUAGUGUGUUUGCACUGGGGUGAAAAAAAAAAAGUCAUGUAAAUAGAGAAUGUUGCAAAUGGUCCCAUGAGAGUUUCCAGUGGUUAUGAACAUGUGAUGUAAAUAAAGAAAAUUGAUC